CAAACACACACAUUCAUCAUACCUCACACACACAAAACACACAGUACGCACACAAAUGGAAUCUCGGAAACCAAAGAUGAACAACAACAACAACAACAACCACAAUCAUCACCACCACAAGCAAACAGGCAGAUCCAAGAACGGCAGCGCAGCAGCAGCUUGCAAGAAGCACCCCAAGCACCGGCAGUCCCCUGGCGUUUGCUCCAUUUGCCUAGGUGAAAAGCUCUUGCACCUAACAAACAACCCCACCACCAGUUGUUCUCGUUCGAAGCCCGCAGCAGCACACUCUCCUUAUUCUUCUUCCUCUUCAUACCUCUCUUCUCUCUCUUCCUCCAACGCUUCUUCCUACUCGUCGCCAAUCCGCCGUUUCGACUCCGUUCAAGCCAGAAAGUCAACAAGGGUUUUCAAGAACGUCGACAACGUUCUCAAGAAGAGCAGGUCGAUGGCUUUCGUCUUGCAGAGAAGAAAGGAAGGCGACGAGAACGGGAAGAGCAGUGAAAGCAAAAGCGGGUUUUGGUCGAAAUUGUUGCAAAGAAGAAAUAAAGGGUUGAUGCACUCAAGAACUACAAGAGAAAGGGUUAUUACAACUGCAGUACUGCAUUAGAGGGAUCUCUUCUUUUCUGCGAAUUUUGGGUUGAUGUUGUUAGUGGUAAUAGCGAUUUUAAUUUGCUGAUCAUAUUCUUCUCUGUUUGAUUUGUCUGUCUUGAUGCAAAAUAGGGAGAUAGAUAUUGAAAAAAAAAGAGAAUAUUUGAAUAGGAUUUAAUUAUAUAUAUAUAUAUAAAUUCUUUUAUUAUAGUUCUCAAUUGUAUCUUUAAUUUUUGUAAUUAAUUAUGUUUAAUUUUGUAUUGAAAUAGGUGAAAUAUGUUAG